GAAAAGUGGGCGCUGAUGCAAGGCAUUGAUGCAGCAGCGACUUUAUGUCUUGUUCUCGGUUAGAAAACAUGGUUCUUUUAUGGAAGGAGUGCGCAUCGUGGCUCAUCCGCUGUGGAAUAUUGCCCAGUGAUCAUAAAGUGACAUGGCCCAACGCGCAAGUGUUCGAUUUAGCUCAGAUUCUCCGAGAUGGUGUUCUUCUGUGUCAGCUGUCGAACACGUUGGUGCCAAAUUCCAUCGACCUGAAGUUGAUAAAUCAACGGCCACAGCUUUCACAGUUCCUCUGUCAGAAAAACAUCGAGGCCUUCUUGCAUUCGUGUCAAAUGAUAUUUGAAAUCAACUCGGCCGAUCUGUUUGACGCGUGUGAUCUGUUCAACCUAUCGAACUUUGGCCAGGUGCUUCGAACCAUGUCUAUACUUUCCAAAUCUACAAAGGCUGUUGUGUCAAAUAUUCAGGGAUUCCCAACAGUGGAUAACAGGCAUCAUCAGUACAAUAAUGAGUCGAUUUACAUGGACCUUGAGGACCUUGCCAAUAAGAGAAGCAUCCCGGACGAAGACCAGGACUACAAAGAUGACUACGUCGACUACGAGGACAUCUACGAAGAUGUCUGCGGAAUACACCAGCCCAAGGAAUCGCCAACGGAGAUGGUGCCCAGUGCGCCAAAGCUCAGUAAGCGCGAGCACGUCACUAAAGAACUUGUGGAAACGGAGCAGAACUACGUUAGGGGCAUAAACUCACUCAUAAUGAAUUUUAAACGACCACUGAAGACUGUCAUUCCAGAGGACAAGCACCAGCUAAUCUUUAGGCACAUUGAAGAGCUUCAUACAGUACAUACGGGCUUUUACAAUGACCUACAGAGGGCGUACACCACUGGCAGCAUGAGCAUUGCCGACUGCGUUCUCAAGUGGCGUGACAAGUUCCUGGUGUACGGCAACUACUGCUCGAACCUUCCCAGCGCUCGGCAAUGCAUCGACGAACUGUGUGCGACGAAGGAAAGCAUCAAGCAGACCGUGGUGAACUGUCAGGAGAGAGCUAAUGAGAACAAGCACAAGUUUCAGGAUCUACUUGCUGUACCAAUGCAGCGGGUACUCAGAUACCAAUUAUUGAUGAAGGAAUUAUGGAAAGCAACACCGGAUAUGAACGAGGAUAAACCGGACAUAGAAAAAGCACUGAACGCGUUGCAGGACCUUUCCCUGUACAUUAACGAAGUGAAGCGGGACGAAGAGGAGCUGCUGGAGAGGAUUAGCAAAAUAGAACAGAGUAUCAUUGACCUAGGUGAUGCGUAUAUCUACAAAGAAGCUGUGGUGCUGAAGUGCAUGGUAAUACAAGAGCCAUCUCCGAAUGCGAAGAGAGACAAGUGGAGCUAUUGCUGGGAGAUGACGGCGGAUGACUACCGAGUGUCAGCCUACCACUUCUACGCGGCAAGCGAGGAGGCGAAACGCAAGUGGAUCGAAGCAAUCAAGAUGGCACAAGACAACACUCAGCCUGAGGACUGUCAGCAUACCGAUCACAAGUUCACCAUGUACACAUUCAUUGAACCGCAAGUCUGCACUGCGUGUGGCAAAUUACUCAGAGGAGUGUUCUGCCAAGGCUACAAGUGUGUCAAGCCAGACUGCAUCGCACGUGUCCACAAGGAGUGCAUAUUGGCGAGCAAGUGUGGCAUGAAGAGCACUACGCUUGCUGACGAACCGGUAGUGAUAAGACAGCCCAGCGUUCACUUAGGCAAGUAUCGAGUAAACAGGGCGCUAGAUGCUAACGUGCUCGGACACCUGAGCCUUCAGGUCGGAGACACGAUCCUCGUGACCAAUGGCUCCGAGAGCGACACCUACUGGACGGGCUACAGCAUGAAAGCGAAGGAACAUGGGCUCUUCCCCCGCUCCCAUGUCGAGAAGAUUGUGCCAAAGCGAGGCGGGUCGUAUCUGGAGACGGGAACAUCCUUGGUCGGUAAUGUCGGCAGUGCGCAACCACCCGCCAUUCCGCAAGGUUACAACCCAUUCAGGAACGAAUCGCCGAGCUGCGAAGCCUGGUGUGCGGGAGAGCGCGACACGCGUCGCAGGGUACGGAUAGUGACAUUUAGUAUGAUGCCACGGUGUAUCUGUGUUCGAACCGAUCGCGUUGACCCUGGUACACACACCAACACGCGACCUGUAGCGACCUGUCACACGCCACACAACACUCACAGCUGUAUACGCAUGUAAGGGGGAGAGACUACACUCCCGCGCCUCCACGGUAGCGCUCCCGGUAUCUAUAGUGAGUAAGAUUGUGACUGAUAAUUAUUUGGUGAGAUUGAUGAACGCAGGCUUGUGGGCUGGCUGGGGAGAGUGCGACUACGGCUGCCCGACGACGAAGCAGACGAAGCACUCGACGCACUGUUAGAUGGAAGUAAUUUGUAAUAGAUUAACUAGUCAAUAACCCGAUAAAUUAGUGCGCGACUGUUCUGACUGGCUGAAACGUCGGCCGUUCAAAUUUUUGUUCAGUUAAUUGACGGUUGAUAUUAACACCGGCCGGGUUAUAGGGCAAGGCGGACUACUACUACUACUACUGCUGCUGCUGUUGCUGCUGCUGCUGCUGCUAUAAUCGGCAUUUGCGUACAAGCGUGAAGGAACUUCGUAUAUACAGAGAGCGCGAUCACAACUAAAUAACCCGAUUCAUUCAAAUGGAAGUAUUUAACUUCCCCCCUAUAUAUUUAAUUAUAUAUAUGAUAAAAGUUCUCAGCUAACAUGCCUAUUCUACAUGCCAGAACCCUACACUACCUCGUACCAAAACGCGAGCUUGUGUGCACUUUAGACUGCACCGUCCAUUCUGUGAAGAUCGAGACGCCGUGGAAUGGUACCCGUUCGGCGAGCGUGCUUUCACGGCCUUGCGCGCAGUGCAGCAUUUGACAAGAGUGUACAAAAAGCAUUCAAGGGGUUGAUUUGGGAAAUGUAAAUUCACCAUAAAUCGACGGGAAAUCGCGAGCGAUAACAUGCAAGCGUUUGCGGUAGACGACAGACACGGUACGUAAAGGUAUCACGCAUCAGCAGCGCCAUAGCACGCCGACAUGCAGGCACGUACUGAGCUCUACCCUCGUAGCCAGCCAUUCGCUGUCCCUCUCUAUAGUCUCUUUACGACCCACAGUGCUGGGAAACGGCAGUAAAUCUUGGCGACAUGGCAGGCAAUCUGGUUUCCGUUAAGCACCACCGCUACUUAUAUGGCCGUGGCCGGGUAUUUGUGUUUUUGGUUUGUUUGAGUUUGGACUGGCCAAAUUACGGUGACUCAAGUUUUGAUUUGAGGUAGCGUGGUAAAGUAAGGACAUUUAUCUUUCCGGCAAGCGUUUACUUCUAUUGCAUCACGGACUACAGCUUAUAACAUGCAAUGCUGCGAACAUUCGCUGUCGUUUCCCAACUACGUAACGUAUCCUUGUUCGUAUCGUUCCUACCCCGUAGCGGCAACGACAACUACACUCGGUUAGAGCUAGCACAUCGGUGGCAUCACCUGCUAAACAACACCGAAGGUGGACAUGUACCGGUAAGUGAAUGUCUCGUACAGAUAGCAACAGAGGGCGCUUGCGUCGGCACCAACCUCGGCUGACUGACAUCGCUUACGGCAUGGAAUCGCUCUGUACGGACAGCAGUAAAACUGCGUCGACGAAUAUAUCUAUAUAUGUCGUCGUGUGUACACGUAGAAAAACUCCGAGGAGUGGUCGUUGUCGACCCCUUGUACGCUUCGCUCAUCUACAAUAAUCUCAGUUUACGGGCGCUGAAGACACGCGAUGGAAAUUAUGCGACUCCAAUAAGGGCCUACCGACCGUAGCGAGUUUCAUCUACAACUAGGGAGCGCCACCGACUCCUAUCGCAUUCUAUGCUGUCGUAUAUAGCAUCUCGGUUUGUAUCAAGGCAGGGUUUCCCUGUGCCGGUCACGGCCGUUGGAUCUAAACCAAUAUUACAUUACAAUAUGCGAGAAUGGCGACGCAGUCACGCGUUCUUAGACAACCAAAUCCAUUCGAAAAGAUAUUCAAUUUUCUCGAUACUCACAGCCGAGAACCAAUAUAGUUCGCGCGACUACACGCGUGCGACCACGUAGCGCGUCAACGACGAGUCAAUCUAUCGAUAACGACUCCGGAGAUUUUUUCUCAGAUUUCUUGUCCGAUGCUACGUGUGCACGAAUGACGUGUGGCAUUCCGCUACGCGCCCAUCUUCACUAGCUCCACAAGUACACGAAUAGCCGCGAAGUUUAAACUACGUAUUUAUAAUUUGUAGAAAAAGAAACGAACAAACCUGACAAGCGAUUAAAUUAGGAAUUGCAUCGACGUAUUCGAAAGCGUCUGAACACCUCAAUGUCUAAUUAAUACUUACUAUACAUACUCAAUAAAGUAUCAACACAUAUCAAGUAUCACAGUUAAAACAUGUCACGUAUAGAUGUGACAAGGGGCACAGUUUCGAAGGCAAUAGUUUGAAGAGAAGAAGAGUAUAUAGAUAGAUUACACAAGUAUUUUCAUUAACCUUUUAGUUUCUCUACGAGUCACGUUUAUAUAUUAUCUAAAAUAUCUAGAAACUAGUUUGGAGAAAUAAACCUACAGUUUUAGGGUUUAUGUGUUUUUCAUUAAAAAUGUCAGAAACCUGCCUAAGGUGGAUCAAUCAAUACAAGUUGCGGUUGGUGUUUUUCCAUGCAUGGAAAUAUGGGAACAAAAUUAAUUAAACACGGAUAUGGUUAAACCGAUUGGAAAAAUCGUGCACAUUAAUUAAUUAAUUCAUUGGUCAUUGGAAGAGUAUACCACCACCUACAUUGCGAAUUCGUAAUGAAUUAGCCAGUGUUUACUAUGUACAAGUUUAUAGCAUUACUCCAUCAUGGUUCGUAGCCUGGAAUCAGCGGAUCUGUGAACUCUAGCACGCUUUGGCCUUCAAAGUUCGAAUCUAAUAACAUGGAAUAGUUUUAUUUAGGUGUGGAUGUUCAAAACACGCACGCACACGGGCACGCACGCACGCACGCACGCACGCACACACACACACAACACGCACACACACACACACACACACACACACACACACACACAAUUCACUGCUAAACCACACAAGCCCUUUCGGUUUCGUUAUGAAAUUCAAACACGCCGUCGAGACAAACGGUGCAUGUUGAGAUACAUCAGUGUCCUCACCGUCACACGCUCAUCCCACCGUCUACGUGACCCACACAACGACCCGAGAAUAAGUACUGUUGCGCCCGAGGAGCACCGCUCCCAGAACUCCUAUCGCGGCCCAGAUAUCGUCUGCAACGAGUUCUGAGAAACAACUGCCUCUAGAGCACACGUAGACACCCGCAGAGCAGCUAUCACGCCCCACACAGAGCAGCUAUCACGCCAACACAGAGCUGCCCACAGUACUCUUAGACAACUCACGAAUCCAAAUUCAUGCCCACGGGAUCAUGUCACACCCAAUAAGACUAUGCCACGGGCAAGCUGAAUACGGCUCUAAGUACACAUAACUUGGUCACAGCUCAUAUGACGACGUUACACACGCCUAGAUGAACGAUAUCAUCGUCUACCGAACUGUUAUCUCCGGUUACUUCGAUGUUACGGCACACCCGACCAAGACCAACAUAGGGAUUUUCGGUUUGCUCUUAGCAUUGUUUACUGAUCGCCACGAGAAAAACCGCGUAUCUUUCGAUGACAAGCGUAUAAGAUCUGUAAACCGACGGGUAGCGCCUUACGACGAUAGCCGAGGCGAUGCUUCCUCAUCGCCGAUCCUUCCUGCAUGUCGGCCAUCGCGCGCAUGCGCGCCUGUCGAAGGAACUUUCCCCCGAAUGACUGGCACAACGACGAACAUCGACACGCAUCUCACAGAGAAUUUCCUAAGCGCC